UAUGGAAACAUCUAGUUAAAGUGAUCUCUCCAUCGCUUCUUUGGCUACUAUAGAUGCCAUUGAUGAUGCAAUUUAAAAAGAUAAGAAUCGAUAUGUACGCAAAGGUUUUACAAAAUUAAUAAAAAUAAGGUUAUGGAUUAAUUGUGGCCAUCUUUAUAGCUUUAUCAACUUAUUUGACAGUUCCUCACAUAAUGUUCUUUGUUCAUUCCUAUCUAGAAGGUAUGGAAGGUAUUAUAUAAGAUAAUAUUUUUAAGAAAUUAAAAUAUUCCUACUUGUUUAGUUGAGUACAACACAUUUAAGUUAUGUGUUGGGAAACAUUUACAUGUACAUCAUCUACUCUUUGAAAUUACCAUUUUUUGAAAGAUAUAAAGUUGAUAAUGUAAUUUAAAAAUAUCAUCAUAUUCUUAGAAUCCAUGGCCAUGGGAAAAGAAUAAAGAAUAAUGGAACUAAACAAAGAAAAAGGUUCUUCUUAAUUGGAUUCUUAAUUCAACCAUUUCUUCCAUUUUAACUAUUGGAAGUGUUUUAGGAGGAUAAAAAUUUAGACAUGAUACUUCAAGCAUCCCAUCCUAUUUUGAAUUAGCAUGGCAAAUAGCAUUUUGUAUGAUUGUAGAAGAUGCAUCAUUCUAUUGGUUACAUAGAACUUUGCACAGUCCAAGAUUCUAUCAUAUUCAUAAAAAACAUCAUGAAUUUUAUAAUACUAUUAGUGUUGCUGCAGAGUACUAACAUCCUAUAGAAUUUAUACUUACUUCUACAGCUACAGCCCUAGGACCAAUAUUUCUGGGUUCACAUAUGCAUGUGUAUACUUUGGGAUUCUGGUAUAUUGUGAGAGUAUUUGAAACUAUUGAUGGACAUUGUGGUUAUGAGUUCUCUUGGUCACCCUAUAGAUUAUUACCAUUCUCUGGUUCAUCAGAAUAUCAUCAUUAUCAUCAUUCACAUAAUAUUGGAAAUUUCUCUAGCUUCUUCUAUUAUUGGGACACCUUAUGUGGAACUAAUAAAGAAUACUUCAAUUUCAAGAAGAUAAGAGCUAAUGUAUAAUAUAAUUUUAAAUUAUUUGUAGGAAAUGAAAUUAAAUAUGAUGAGAAAAGUUUACCAUAUAAAUUAAUAGAAAACCAAAACUUCAUGAU